UCACGUAUGAAAAUGGCGGCGAGUCAGGGAGCUGUAGGACCUGCGGCGGCUCUCCAGAGCCAGCAUUAUCCGAAUGUCGCGCACUGGAACCCGGGCGUGAUUCAACAGCAGCAGCACCCGCUACACACUGCCCGCAGUCUGGAACGCGCACUGGAAGAUGCCGUCUGCUCCGGGAUGCUCAACAUCAGCGGAAGAAAACUGCGCGACUACCCGGGGCUCAACUACGAUCUGACCGAUACUACACAAGCAGACUUGUCGAAAAACCGUUUUUGUGAAAUCCCUCCAGAAGUUUGUAUGUUUGCGCCGCUGGAGUCAUUAAACCUCUACCACAACUGCAUAAAGGUGGUUCCAGAGGCCAUUAUCAACCUACAGAUGCUCACCUAUCUGAACAUCAGUCGAAAUCAGCUGUCCGUCCUCCCCAAGUUUCUCUUCAAUCUUCCUUUGAAAGUGCUGGUGGUCAGCAACAAUAAACUCCUGUCUAUACCUGAGGAGAUCGGAAAGGCCAAAGACCUCAUGGAACUGGACAUCAGCUGUAAUGAGAUCCAGGUGCUUCCAGUUCAAAUGGGGAAACUCCUCGCAUUACGAGAACUCAACAUACGAAGAAACUGUCUACAAGUGUUACCAGAUGAGUUGUCCGAUCUGCCGUUGAUCAGGUUGGAUUUCUCCUGUAAUAAAAUAACUGAGAUUCCCAUAUCUUACCGCAAACUCAAGCAGUUGCAGCACAUCGUUCUUGACAACAACCCCAUGCAGUCUCCUCCUGCCCAGAUCUGCUUGAAGGGAAAAAUCCACAUCUUCAAGUAUUUAAACCUGCAGGCAUGUCGCCUGGAUAAAAAACCUGACACACUUGACCUGCCUUCUUUGGGAAAACGCUGCUUGCCUCAGCAGCUGACAGACAGUAUGGAAGAUUUCUAUCCCAGUAAAAACCAUGGCCCUGACUCAGGUAUUGGCAGUGACAAUGGCGACAAAAGACUUUCAACUACAGAGCCAUCUGAUGAUGAUACCAUGAGUCUCCAUUCUCAAGUGUCAGAGACAGCACGUGCUGACGCACACAUACUUCUCACAAAGCUGGACUCAAACAAAGAUCAGGACCCAUAUGACUUUAUUGACCCAAAUCCAGAUGAAGAGGCCACUCUGUCUGAGGGAGAUCUACAGCACAAUGCACCCUAUGUGUCAUGUAUAAAGGAACUGGAGCGAGUUUUGAAAACUCACCAAAGCAAAGAUAAAGAGAACUGGAAAGAGGAAUCAGGCUCCGAGAAAGAGCAGUUAGCUGAAGAAGACGAGGAUGACUUAAAGGAAGUGUUGGAUUUGAGGAAGAUCGCAGUACAGCUGCUACAACAAGAGCAACAGAACAGGAGGCGAUCCCUAAUUUGUAGGGCAGAGAGUCUAAUACACCGUAGAAGAGCCGCGGGGAGAGCUCACAGGUUUCUCAGCCACUCAGGGAGUAGCACCAAACAAAGAACCCCAUCUCAGACUGUUAGAAGGUAUUGUGAUGCACACACAAACACCUCCAAACACAUUCCCAUUUCUUAUAAUAGUUUACUGUACUGAAUAAUCACCAAGUUUAUUAUGUUUUCUAAGUCGAAACGAAUGCAGGGCACACACUGCACAAUUUUAGCCCCAAUUUUCGAAUCCCCGACAGUUUUGUGGAAAUCGCAGACAAAUGGCUGAAAUCAGAGGCUCAUGCUCUAUCACGUGUUUGACAGUCGUGUAGUGUGUCUUAUCGAAGACAAUCUGAGAGAAGCGCCAAUGUGUCGCUGAUGCCUGUGAGAUAAUUGGCAUGCUAAAUAACUAGACCUGUUGGCUAUUCAC